AUGUUCAGGAAUCGCGCUUUUCUCAAUAUAAGGCCUACCGAUCCGACAUAUAGGAGAAAGCGACAAAUGGAUACGAAUAACGAACCGCCGCUGCCGCCCAGUGACCUACGGGUUGUGGAAUUUGUCUGCAAGGAUGAAGAAAUCUUGAAACCGCCUUAG